UCAUUCCAAGCCCUGACAUUCCUUUCUGGGACACAUUAUCAGUCACAGGGGUGAGACUGCUGCUAAAUUUAGAAAGGAGAUAUUGUGAGACCUCCCCUGCCAGUGUGAGUGUGUGAGACAGCACCGAGACGCUCUCCAUUCCCUCCCCAGCUGCAACGCUCGCAUCCAUCGAAAGCAGAUCACCAUGGCAACGGGUCCAGAUCAGGAGGGUGAACAAGUGGUUCCUGAUGAAGGUGCAGAGGAUGACGUCAGAGCAGUGCAGGCUCACUACCUACGCAGCCCGUCUCCCAGCAGCUUCUCCAUGUUGUCCGACGCCUACACCGAGAGCAUCUUCCUGGAACCCAUCCAUCUUUCAUCCUUCGUGGCCGCAAAGCAGAUCAUAAAUGAAGAGCUGAAGCCCAAAGAGGUGAAGGUUGACACAGUGAGCCCUGGGAUGCUGGAGACGGCAGAGCAACUGAUGGUUGAGGAUCUUUACAACCGAGUGAAGGAGAAGAUUGACGAUAGAAGCCUGUUCAACACUCCCUGCGUCCUGGACUUGCAGAGAGAGCUGAUAAAAGACCGCCUGGAAUCCCCUUUGAACGCUGUGGAUGAGGUCUGGCCCAAUGUCUUCAUUGCCGAAAAGAGUGUGGCUGUUAACAAAGGGCGACUGAAGAGAAUGGGCAUUACCCACAUCUUAAAUGCAGGUCAUGGCACCACUGUAUUCACCGGGCCUGACUUCUACUCUGGCAUGAACAUUCAGUACAUGGGAGUUGAAGUCGAUGAUUUUCAGGAUUCCGACAUCUCGAAGUUCCUGCGACCUGCUGCUGAAUUCCUGGAUGAGGCUCUUCUCACAUACAGGGGUAAAGUUUUAGUGAACAGUGAAAUGGGAGUCAGCAGAUCCGCAGUCCUGGUCGCUGCUUAUUUAAUGAUCUUCCACCAUAUGACAAUCCUAGAAGCCCUGAUGACGAUGCGCAAAAAAAGAGCUAUUUACCCCAAUGAUGCGUUUAUAAUGCAACUGCGUGAUCUUAAUGAGAAGUUACUGGAGGACCGGGAAUAUUCAGACCAAGAUGAUGAUACCAAUAGUCAAGGCUCUGUCGUUGAAGCUAAAGCUUCCUCCAUAAGGGUGGAAGAAGAGGAUGUUGAGAGCAUCAUGGGAGCCAAAGUUCAUUCUAUUACUGUUGAGGAAGAGGAUACCACCAGUGUUAUGGGUAGUGUAAUGAGCAUAAUGGAAAAAGCAAGCAUGGUCUCCAAACAGCCAACACUUAUUGAUGAAGAUGAAGAAGAAAAGAUAUACGAGGAAUGGAGAAGAAAGCAAGGUCUUCCACCAAAGGAUAUAUCAAAAAAGCCAGAGAAGCCAGACCUUCCAGAAGAAGGUGAAGUUUGUGAGGAUUAUGUGAAGCAGAUGAUACAUGAAUGGCAGAGUCAAAACGAGAAAUACCAGUCACACAAGCUUGAUGAUGAUGAUGAUGGAAGUUCUCUGAUGGGAGGAAGACCAUACUCUCCAAGUGAAUUUAGUGAUGUAUCAAGUGUGACUUCCCAGCAAAUACAGGCACUAAAAAGAAAGCUUGAAGCAAGUGGAAUAAAUAGGAUGAGCAGAGGCCGUAGCGACUCCGUAUCAACCGACAGCACAUGGGACAUGUGGAACGAGAGGUUACAGGAAAUCGAAAAAGAGGCAAGAGCCAUGGCUGAUAAAGGCGAUAAGAAAAAAGAGAGAGAUGUGGAUGAGGAAAGUGUUUUCUCAGACACCAGCUCUUUAUUUAAUUUUUGCAAAAAGAACAAAGAUAAAUUGACUCCAUUGCAAAGGUGGCAAAUCAAAAGAAUCCAGUUUGGAUACCACAAAAAAGAUUCAGAGGCAUCAGAUGCUCAGAGUAAGCAAGAAGGUGCCGGGGCAAAACAGGAUGAUGAAACGAGCCAGUCGGAUGUAAACGUAACUGCCUACCAGGAAUGGAAGAUGAAGCAUCAACAGAAGCUGGGCAGUGAAAAUAAGGAUGAAAUUGUGGAAAUUGGAAAGGUUGAAGACACGGCUACAGUUAAAAGGAGACAAAGGAGAGCUGAGAUCAUUGAACGUUCCAAGCAAAAUUUGGAAGAAAGCCAGUCAAUUUGUGGCUGGGACACUGCGAGCUCAAUUAGUGGAAGCAUCCCGUUAACUGCCUUUUUCCCCGUUGCGCCAUCUGCAAGUGGUGUUAAUGAUGCGGCUUCAGUAUUGAGCAUGCAGAGCAACAGGUCUGGAUUGUCCCAGGCCAGAAGUUUAGCAGGUCAACCCUCAGUUCCGAUGGUACCUACAAAUAUGACACCAGGAGCACCAGAUGCCAUUUCCAUGGCCAGUAUCCAGAACUGGAUAGCAAACGUUGUCAGUGAAACCAUAGCCCAAAAACAAAAUGAAAUCAUGAUGAUGUCACGUGCACCUUCUGUUUUAAGCAUGGCCUCAGGAGAUGUUGGCAAGAAAGUGGACGAUGACAAGUCCUCUUUAUUUGGAGCUGCAGGUGGUUCCUGUCUAUCUAACUCAGCAUUGCAGCAUCGUGAUUUAAAAAGCACCGACUCUGUACUGUCCUGCAACACAUCCACUAGUACAGAUAUAUCUUCUUCCAAGAGGAAGAUUACUCAAACUAGUAAACCCUACUAUGGACUUUUUCUUGAUGAUGUCGAUUUAAAAAAGCUAAAUCAGAAAGAGAACGAGAUAAGGGAGGAGAUAAGUGGGAAAAUGUCUAAGUAUCAAAAAGAAAGAAUUGUUAGUAGUAAUAAGCGUAGUACCGCAUAUAAAAAGAAAAAGGCAAAAGAUACAGAGGCAGAUGACGAGACAGAAAGUUUUCUGAGUACUAAUCUGCCCAGCUAUAAACCUUCAUCAGGACGAGACUAUAGCAAGCUUGAUGCAAGUCCGUACAGCAGUUAUUGUGGAAGAGCUAGUACAGCUUCCUCGGAGUUAGAAAAGAAUGUCAGCAAAUGGCUCACUGGAGUCAAAACAGAAGAACGAACAGUAGUAGAGAACGAAAGUCGUUCUGAGAGAUAUUCCUCAAGAUCAGAAUACCAAAGAGAGAGAGAAUCUAACAUGAAUGGUUAUGAAUAUUCCAAAAAGAUAACAGAAGAAGAUAAGAACACGAGAACUCAUAUGGAAAGUACCCGGGAUUCACGUAGAUAUUCCAAUGUAUCAGAAGAAGAGGAGGAAGAGGAGAGUCACAGUUUUAGGACAUCUAAAAUGAAUCGAAAUUAUAGAGAAGACAGCCCAGACUUAGGAGAAACGUCGUACGACAGUAGCAACACUGACUUGGCGAACACCAGACCACGAACAUAUCAGCGGGAAGAUGCUGGGGAUUCGGAUAACUCGGAUACAUCAGAUAUUGCCACAAAAAGAAAAUACAACCACAGCAUGGAAAGGAAUGACGAGGGGGGGAAUGAAGAAGGCAGCAGUCUAACGGAAAGCAGAUAUUCGACUGGACGGCGGUCUCAGUUCAGGAAACGCAAAGAGGAGGCUGAAGGCGCGGACGACGAUGACAUCAUUGCAGCAUGGCGGAACCGCCAGGAAGAAACCAAGACAAGACUACGUAGAUACAAAGAAGAAAAUUAGCUGUCAACAACAUGAAAAAAUUCAUUUUAAUAAGGCUUUGUUCAUAAAUAACGUGCAACUUGUCAUGUAGGUAUAUUCCAACAGCAGCCCCUCAAUCAAUCACACAGUGUCCCACUUCAGAUGGUUUUGGCUGUUACAAACGUAUUUAGGAAUUAAUAAUCUCAGAGACUUUGCAGCUGGUCUCAAUCUUUUUUUGUGGUUUUUGAAUUAUUUAAAUUAAAUUAACAGCCAGACCGUGGUUUCGGAUCCCAGAAGAAAGGGGAAGAAGACAAGGACAGAACGGGGAAAACGAUUUUUAAAUAACAUCCAUGCUGAAAAAAUACUAACUUGCCCAUAAAAAAAACAUUCUAAUUACUAUGGUGAGAGUGUCGAGACAUGUAGCGGUCUAUGGCUAUGAGUCAAAAUAAAAGGUUAAUAUAAAAACAUUCAAAAUACAAAUAAAAAACUGCAAAUGUUUCUAUCCGACACCCAACUCCUGAAUGAAGACAGAAUUAAGAAAAACAGAUGUUGAGAGAGGAAUAGUGAAGAUAAAUUUGAUUACGGUACAGAAUUUUUUAUUGAUUGUAUUUAGAGAGUUUCUUAUUUCAGUAUGCUGAAGCCUAUAUUACAUUUUCCUUUUUUCGAUAGUUCCCCUUUAAAGAGCUUACCCAGGAUUCAAUGCACCCUAAGCCUUCCUCCAUUGUUUGUCCAUAAACCCUUCAAACCCACUCAUGUGCAUAAGCUCAGGGGUGCGACAGUUUUACCAUGAAAUGUACUUGACUUUCUACACAACUGUUUUUUUGGAAAUUGAACUUAGAUAACCUGAAUGUAUUUUUGUUUUAAAGGUGAAAAUAUCCUUAUAGAGGAUUACGUUUAGCGACAGCAAUUCUUCUGCUAUGCAAAUAAAUCUUUUGCCAAAGA